UGAUCUGAGAAGUAUGUGUGUGUGUGUGGGUGUGUGUGUGUGUGAUGUAGACCUGUAGACCAGCAGCUUGUUCUCACAGUGUGUAUUGUGGUGAGUUUAUGAGGCCUGAUGUGUCCUACAGGUUUCUCUCUGGUGAACUAAACCUAGCAGUUAACAAAACUCCACCUCAAACUACCUGGUACCUAAAAGUACCAGAACUACUGGAACUAGCUCAGAAAUGUGUGUGCUGGAGAAGAAUUGUGCUGGGAAACAUUGUCUUUCUGAUUGACAGAAGACUUCUUGGAGCAGCCAUGCCUAUCCCCCCUCCUCCUCCUUCUCUUCCUCCUCCUCCACCACCCCCACUAGGUGUCCUACAGUCCCAGACUGAGCCUCCUACAGCGCAGUGUGGUGACUCGGGACGAAGCGCACUCCUGGCAGAGAUUCAGAAGGGAACCAGACUGAAGAAGGUGGUGCAUGUGAACGACCGCAGCGCUCCCACCCUCACCAAGCCCAGAGUGAACACUUUGGGUGGUAACAGUGGAGCAGGUAUUAACUCUGGUGGACCUACAGCCUCACAAGGACCUACUCUGAGUGGACUAUUUGCUGGAGGAUUUCCUGCCCUCAGACCUGUUGGACAGAGAGACAAAGGCUUACAUAGCCAUCCAGUGACUCGGUCCGGUUCUGCUGCCAGUCUGAAACAGCCUCUGUGGAAUCUGCCAUCUCAGGGAGAGAGUUUCAGGGGCAGCACUCCAGAUCUCUCUCCAUCCAGCAGAUCUUUGGAAAGGACAUCUUCUCUAUUAAAAACACGUCCCGUCUCCUCGUACACGGCCCCACCGUCCCCCAGCCAAGCCACUCCCCCAAGCUUUAAACCUUUAUCUUGUCCUCCUACUAUAACUCCUCCUCCUAUUCCUCCUCAUCAGGAACAUGCAAGGAACAAGUCUCCUCCUCUCUCCACCUGUCUUCCACCUCCACCCCCUCCUCAAAUCACCAAACCCACAUGGCUACCUAUUCAGUCUUACUCCAUUCCGAUGUCUACGAUGCCACUUCCGCCCCCACAUUCUUUAAUCCCAUCUGUCGCUCUUUCUGAUAGGUUGUCUGGUUUCUUCUACUCUGAGCCUCCUUCUCCAAAACCAGGAGAUGCAAGGUUCAGUCCUCCUGCUCCACCCCCACCACCUUUUUCUGCCUCUUUUACACCUACACCUGCAUCUUUGCCCCCUCCUCCACUUCCCCCGCCCCCUAAACUGCCUGCAGGGUCCAUGUACCGCCCCGCAGUUCCUCUGCUGCCCCCCUCUUACCCCUGCACAGCACCCACCCGGAAGCCUCCCGCAGUCCCAGGAGCUGCAGGUGCUGGGAGAUUGGCUCCUCCCCCUGCUUCACCUGCUCGUUCUCCAACAACCGAGUUGUCGAGCAGAAUUCCACCCCCUCUCCCACCUCUGCCCCCGGUCCCACCCCUCUGCAUGAGGAACGGACACCUGCACAACUUCGGCAAAGAUGACUUCGAAUCUAAGUUUCAUUUCCACCCUGUUGAGGAGUUCCCUCCUCCUGAGGUCUUCAGGCCCUUUCCGAGAAUAUACCCGAGCAAAGAGAACAGAGUCUCAUCACAAGCUCCUGGCGUGAGAACCCACUUACGAUGAAAAAAAAGUUGUGGAAUUUGGUGCUGACCUUCAUUAUUUAUCUCAUCAUCAUCAUCUUUUCAAUGAGGAGAACGAAGGUCCAACUUCAUAUUCAGAUGAUUUCUGACCUGAACCAUCACUCAGGACACAAUCCAGGAGAACCUCAGGAGCAAUUAUUAAACUCAGUAAACCUAUGUUCUGGUAGAGAGCCAUCAAGAUGGAUUAAAGUUUAUAAUCCUGCUUUUCACUCACACUACAGAUAAGGGUUACAAACACAAUCUAACCUAAAACUUCCAGAAGAUGAAGAAGGUAUAAUUCAGAGAAUGUAAGAGUCCGUGAGGAUGAAGCAGAAGGUGAAGAGGAACUAACUAACUGACCUACUGACUUUCUAUUAUUUUACAUGUCCUAAUUCACAAAGCCUCAGAUCACACGUAGCCAGACCCACUCUACUCCACUCUCUCUACUCUACUCCACCCCACUCCAAUCCACUCCACUGCAAUUCACUCCACACCACCCUAUCCCACGCCACUCCACUACUCCACCCCAUCCCACUCCACUC